GUUCCAUUUCACACUGGACAGGAACAAUUUUGAUUAAAAAGUGUUAAAGAUUUAAGAAUUGUUGAAACUCCGUGACACGGCAGUCCUCUACACUAUAAAGAGUGAGUCACAGACUCUAUGGUCAACUUGUUUAUAUUUUAAACAGACUAAAGUCGGAACAUGGCAACAGAUCCAUCUCAAAAGCUAGAGUACAGUUCACAUUUAAGGAGAGCAAUAAGUGAUACUUUUAUUAAUUUUAUCAUUCCAAACAAUGUGAUCCAUAUAAUUCAUCGAUACAACUUAAGUGUUCUAACAGAGAGGGAUAUUGAAAAUGUCAGGUCUUGUGAACACAACAGAGGACCAAAGGAUGCUAAUGAGCUUCUCUUAGAGCGUCUGCACAAAUAUGAUGGAUGGUUUGAAUGUUUGAUUAAAGUUUUACGUGAUCCUGAUGUGAAGCUUCCUCAUGUAGCUGAAGCAAUGUUGGAGACAAAAAAAAAUUUGGAUCAAACUCUUGCUAAGAAAGGAAUAGAAAAUUUAAAAAUAAAAGGUUCUUCAAAACCAACCAAUGACUUCUCCCUUUCAUCUACCAGCCAAGAUAGCACCGGGCUCAAGCAGUCUGAGGCUGACCCAGUGGAGGCAACUUAUCCCGAUGGUCAUACUCCUAAGACUUCGUAUAAUCCUAUGACGGCUGAUAAUAUGCCACGUGCACAAGCAGCUUCACAAUCCCCAAAAGAUGGUCCAACACAGAAAAGACACAAUGUCACAUCCAAUAAACCAGACAGAGACUUCACUGAGCAGGAGGUUCAAGUUUUAGCUGGCUUUAAAGGCUGGGAUCCCGAUAUAACGGAAACACAAGUGGUCCAGAAGUUGACCCCAUGUUUGAUGUAUGACGGACAUUUUAUCCUGUGGUACUGGAAGACCAAGAAACGUCCAGCUAUUUCUGUUAUAGAUAAGAAGCAGAUCAAGACUCUGUUGGUGCACAAGAAGCCUGACCCCCAGGACCAAUCCAAGGUCUCGUACUACAUCAAUAAAAAUGGCACCUACAAGACCAACUUGAAGGAAAUCCUGGAUCACCACUUUAAUGAGGGUGUAGAAGACAUGGGUGGGGAUUCUAAUGGUGGGAAAAUUACAUUCAUUCAACCAGCAAACUGAUUAAUUUAAAUUUAAAGAUUUAUUUAUGUGGAUAAUGGUUUCACUUAUCCGUGUAAAUAAUUAAUACAUUUACUUAGAAAUAACCUACUUUAAAACAAAAGGUAUAUUAAUUUUCUAUUGAAAUUUUUUUGUUUUUAUACUAUCUGGUAACUCAUUUGUUUAAAAUGUAAAAUUGAGUUUUCAACCAACUUGUUGUUUAGUUGAGCUACAGUUGUAUGGUGGCCAGAAGUGUUAGAUGUUGUUUGCUUACAGAUGGGAGGUUGGGAUGGUUUGGUUCAAAACUUGUCCUGGUGUGUGUCUGUGUGGGAUUGUUGAGUCAAGUAGAAAUGUCAGCACAACUUGACGUGAAAUCAGCUGCCAAACUUUACAGGCAUAUCAGUAGUCUAGGGUAUCUCUAAUCACCGGUGAAACAAAUUUGUAUUUAUUACAUUUUUAAAAAUCUUAAAUACCAUAGAUAAUGUAAUUGACAAACAGGUCAUCACAAAUUACCAACUGGUCAUUCACAGUUUGACCAACAGAUCACCUGAGUUUCUAAACAUAUUUCACCUGUAUGAUUCAGGCAGCUUCUAAAAUUGAUUAUGUGAACAAACAUAAUGGUUUUCUGAUUUUAUUAGUUUUAUAAUGAGAUAGGCCUAUAUAUGUCAUAGUGAAAUAUUUUUUUAAUUUAAAUGUAACAAUAGAAUAAUUGUUAACUUUUCAAACACAUUUUUAAAACCUAUUUUGAUGCAUACAUAAUCAUAUAUGAUUGUAUGUAUUGAAUAUAAUUUUUUUUAAAAAUCAAAUAAGAUAACAUUUUUGAAUGUAAAUUAUCUCAGAGUAAAAUAAACAUCCAUUAAAUCUGAU